UUUUUUUUUCUUUUUCCUUUCCUUCCUUUUUCUUUCGUAAUAUGUCUGAUGCAAGUACAAGGCCUUCAAAGACACCUGCCACUAAUAAUAAACGACGUUCAAUACUUGCUGAUCUGGGUAUCAAACCUGGAGGAGCGGCACCAACAACAGUGACACCUAGUCAAAAAGAAAGAGGCAAUAAUGGUAUCAGCAAUAAAUCAUCUCAACCGAAAACUACUUCACUCAGUAGGCAAUCUUCCACUAAACAAUCUUCAACUGGGCCUGCACCAGUAAGAGCAACCUCUUUAAAUCGACGUCCUUCUUCACCAGCAAGUCCGACAACGACACCAAGAAAAGUGUCUUCAACAUCUCAACGACCUACAUCUGUUCAUGGUGUGGCUAAUGUUACUCCUGUAUCUUCGACAAAACGACGACCAGCAUCUACUUCGCUUCAACAAAUAUCACCACGACCAACUUCUUCACCCAUGUCAAGACGUGCCUCUUUGAAUCCACCUGCAUCUCCACGAUCUGCCACUCCUAAUCGCACUUCUUUUUCUGCAGAAUCUGAAAUCAAAUUAUUAAAAGACGACGUAGCACAAAAAGUAGCAAAGAUGGAAGAACAAGAAAUAUUGAUCAAAGAACUUCAAAAUAAAUUGGCUUGUCAUCAAGAUGGGGAUAGACAGGAUGAAAUGAAAAAGGCAAUGGAUCAAAUUAACGUUUUGCAACAAAAAGUAGACGAUAGUCAGGCAUCGUUACAGCGACAAAAAGAAGAAUUUGAAGAGGAAAAGCAAUCUCUUAAGACACAAUUGGAAAUAGCCCGCAAGGAACGAGUGGAUGACAUGAUGGAAGAACAAAAAAGACGUACACAAGAGGAAAUGGAGUCAUUAUUAGUGAAACAUCAAUCCGAACUUGAAAAACUGACAUUAACUCAUGAAAAGGAAAUGACGGGAUUAAAGACGGAGUGGGAAGCCAAUCAAAGUAAAAUACAAGAGGAACACGCGACAUUACUAGAACAAUAUGAAAAAUUGAAAUUGGAUGAUGAUUCAUUAUCUCAAAAGUAUAACAGUUUGAUUCAACAGCACCAGGAAAUGACCCAUCAACGUGAUGAACUAGAAAAAAGGCUGACAGAAAUGGAAACAAUGUUGAGCACGUCAAAGGAUUGUCUUUAUGUACGAGAAUUGGAGCAACGUUUGAAUUCAGCUCGACAUGCCACUGAAGCUCUAGAACGUCGAUUCCGUGAUGAAAUGAAGCAAAGUCAGAAUGAUCAUGAUGACACCGCACAGACAUGGCUAGAAAAACAUCAACGAUCACAAUUCGAACUGGAUCAGUUACAGCAACUAUUGACAGAGACCAAGGAACAACAUGCUCAGGAGAUGAUCAUGUUGAAGGAACAAAGUAUCGCACAACAAGAAGAAAUGGAGGCUCGAUUGGCUCAAGUGAAUGAAGAUCAUGAUCAUCAAGCGCAACACAUUGAUGUCUUGGAAAAUCAAAUAGAAGAACUUCAAACAAAAUUGGAGGAGGCUACCUUACGAUUGGAACAACAUGCUGCUACUUUGAAACCAUCCUUAUCCAAUCAAGAAUAUCAACAACAACAACAAUAUUCUACUUCAACCAAUGCCACUACUGUUAUUAAUAACAUGAUUCCUCAACAAGAAGACUCUGAUCUUAUGGAUCUUCAUGCGGAAUGUCAAACGAAAUAUAUGGAUUUACAACAACAGCUUGAAAGGGUACAACAAGAAUUGUCGAUAGCCAAAGAUACACAAUCACAUCAAUUAGCAUUAGAUAAACAACAAGCUGAAAGCGAUGAAAAAUUGAUCCUUGUAGCACAACAACACAAGAAAGAAGUUCAACUUCUUUAUGAUCAAUAUCAACAAUUGGUGGAUCUCAAAGAUCAUGAAUUAGAGGCUUACGCUUACCGUGUCAAGUCUUUGAAUGUGGCUCGAUUAAAGGAAUUGGAAUCUUGUCGUGUUGAAGCGAGUGAUCGAAUCAAUCAUUUAGAACAUCAAAUUGAAGGUUACGAGAUCACGAUCCGAAGCAACAACGAAAAGUUGAUGACAUUACAAUCUCAAUUGGAUACUUUAGAACAACAAAAAAAACAAGAUCAGCAUGCCAUUCAAAUUCUGACAAGAGAAAGGGGUUCACUUCGAGAUGAAAAUGAUCAGCUGAUACAAUUGGUCAAUCAAUUACAAAGUCAACUCAAGUAGAAUCUAAUACUCUCUCUAUAUAUUAUAUGUAUAUCCCCCCCCCCACUUUUCAUUUUACCCACAUGAAUAGAAAAUUUGGACAAUAAAGUUCAUAAUUCCUUUUUUAUUAUUUAA